UUUUGAGUCCACCGGUCUUGCCUAAUUUCAUUCUACCCACUCGUGGUCGCGCGGAUCUGUCAGUAACCGGAUACGGCGUGGGGGUCGGUUUGUAAAUCCUUGCAAGUAGUUUUUGGGUUAAUGUUCUCUUCGUAUGUCCAGCAAUAACAUUAACAGUUGUUAUAAGUCUAUUUGUCUUGGUUAGAUCAGGCGUUUUGUUAUUAUAAGCACAGCAAUGGAGGAAAUGGUUUAAGUUAAUAACCCACAGCACGGUCCAUUCUCAGUAGCUCAAGCUUCUCCCGGUCUUACCGGGCGGAUUCAACUUGCGCAGUUUGUCGCUGGACAUGGCAGGCGGGUUGAAAGCGGGAUUCGUACGUCUCAUGCAAUAUUUGCAGGACCCUCAACACGUCGCGCGCUUCCAACGGCUGUGCGGGGUGCGCGGGACCGAACCGCGUGACAGACUCCUUAACGGGGUGCCAAGCACUCGCCACGGGGAUGUUCAGAACGGAGGCGGGGAUGCCACCCGCCGUAGAACAGCGGGAGCAGAGAGCGACAGGGAGAAACGCAAUAACUGCGUGGCGAACGGGGCUGCGGGAGAAAACGUCAACGGGCAGGCGCGGGAUAAAGACGGGGUCGAGGCUCAAGGAUCCGCGGUGAAGCCGUUGCGCAGAAACUCUCUCACCGGAGACGUCGGGCAGGAGUUCAUCAUCGACAAUAAGUUUCUUUACUACCUGUUCACGCUUGGUACCGAGCUUGGGAACGAGCUGUUCUACAUCUCAUUCUUCCCGUUCUUCAUGUGGAACGUGGACGCGUAUGUGAGCCGCCGGUUAGUCGUGGUGUGGGUGUGGGUCAUGUAUCUUGGCCAGUGCACGAAAGAUGUGAUCCGCUGGCCGAGACCUGCUUCGCCUCCGGUGGUCAAGGUGGAGAUGUUCUACAACUCCGAGUACAGCAUGCCCUCCACGCAUGCCAUGUCCAGUACCGCAAUACCCUUGAGCCUGUUCCUGCUGACCUACGGUCGAUGGGAGUAUCCUCUGCUACUGGGUCUCUCUCUAGCCAUCAGCUGGUGUGUCCUGGUGUGUUUGAGCCGCAUAUAUAUGGGCAUGCACUCCAUACUGGACAUUAUUGCUGGUUUUCUGUACAGCUUGCUGAUCAUGGUGGUCUUCAGUCCUGCUCUGGACAUCAUCGACACCUUUAACCGCACACAUCCCUACGCCCCGCUCAUCAUCAUCUCACUUCAUGUGGGACUAGGCCUCUUCUCCUUCACCUUGGACACCUGGAGCACCUCACGCGGCGACACCGCCCAAAUCCUGGGCUCUGGCGCUGGUAUCGCCUUGGCAUCCCACAUCAACUACCACCUGGGCCUUUUGCCAGACCCACCUGCAUCCAUGUUUCCUCUUCAACCCCCAUCUUUCACCCUCAGCCUGAUCGGACUCUGUCUACUCCGCUUUCUCCUCGGUGUCAUCAUUCUCCUGGCUACCAGAGCCGUAAUGAAGGCUCUCACCAUCCCGCUCAUCUGCUGGCUCUUUGGGAUUCCCCGCGGCGAUGUCCGGAAGGCCAGGCAGCACAUGGAGGUGGAGCUGCCGUAUCGUUAUAUCGUCUAUGGAACCGUGGGGUUAAAUUCGCUUUUCCUUGUGCCUUUCCUGUUUGCACGUGUGGGACUGUUGUGAUUAGGUGGAAGAAACGCCUAUUCUUUUAGCAAAUAAGAGCCCAGUUGGACUGCAGAGGCAAAUCAAUGAUCGGAUGGAACUAAUGCCGAUCAUGUAACACUGUGCUGCACCUUCCAGAUGCUCCUCAAAUGCGUUUUCCAUCAUAUAUAUAUACUAUAGUUUUAUCAGAUGUUCUAUUCAAAACACCUGUUUGGUGUUGAUCCAGAGAUUAUUGCGCAAUUCUAUGCAGUUUGCAUUGCAUGUAUAGUACAGUAGCAUAUCUAUCAGAUUCUAUUCUUAUCUAAAAUCCUAUUUUAAACUUUUGUACCCUACUGUGCUUAUGUUUUUUGCAAGCAAUACAGCAUUUUUGCUAAUUCUCAAACUUUAGAGGACUUGUGGCUAAUCUUUUGGCAAGUUUUGUUCAUGCCACAGUAGGUGGACUCAAACUCUUGCAUCAAGAGUUGACAGAAAUGUCUCUUGUGAAGGUGUGACUCAUGCAAAUUAGCGUGCAAAAUCUCUGCGAUGACUUGGCUGGAACUGACGCCAACAUUUAUAUUUCUCUUUGUUUGUGAGAUUUGAAUCUGAAAUCUCAAAUGUUAAUAGAAAUGGUCCGUGUUAGGAGCUGCGCUGAUAUUUGUGGUAAUUUUUGUUGCAGUUGAUUGAGAUGUUUAGUUUUGGUUCUAAAGAAGUUUGGACUAUUCUCCAAAGACUUUUGUAAUGAUAGAAGUCUUAAACGGAUAGUCCAUACACAACGACAGUUCUGUCAUUUUACUUGCCCUCAAUAUUUGACCUGUGGAGCAGAAGAAAAUAUUUUGAGAAAUGUCUUUUUGUGCAUGUAAUAGAAGUCAAUGGGCUCUAAUGCUAUUUGGUUCCCAAUGUUUCCAACAGAGGAAGUAAGUCACACAGGUUUGGAAUAACAUGAGGGUGAGUAAAUGAUGACAGAAUUUACUUCUUUUUUUCUCCCCACUGUUCGUUGAACUGACCACUCAAAUAGUUUCUCUUGGCAUUAAAAUGUCUUGCUGAUGCACUCGUGAUUUACUCUGAAUAUUGUUUAAUUAAUACUGGAUCAGUUUAACUGUUCUUAUAUUAAAUACAUGUCAGGGAGUCUGGCUUGUAAUCAGAGUUUUAUUAGCUCUUCAAUCUCAGUCUGCUUUUAUUCCCUGUAAGUUGCUGCUUAGAAUAUGGUACUAUAUAUGUGUGUGUAAAUAUGUGCAGCGUUAUUGAUCGCAAAGAAAAGCAGCACUAGACUAAUAAAUGUUUUCUCUACUGGCAUUUAGCGGUGUGCUUUCAGUCAGGUUGCAACACAAGGUUUGCCACUCAGCCUAUGAAUAAUUCUGCCUUCUGAUAAUCAAGGUUGUGUCUGAUGUAUAGUUAAGAUGAAUUUUUUGUACUGAUUUAAAUGCACUGUUCCCAGAUUGCACUGCUCUGCUGCCUGCUGUUGUGCGUGUCGCUGCGAUGGCCUUAUAAUAGGUCAGGCUUGCAUGACACCGCUGUGUGCCUUGUGUGUCUUUGUGCACAUGUAAGUUCCUUUUUUUGCUGAAAGAGAAGCUGGUUUCCCAACUCCUCACUUCUGUAAACAGGAUUUUUUUGGAUUCUCUGAAUGAUGAGAAAACCAGCUAUUCUUCUCAGCGCAGAGCAAUGCUGACACCUGACCCUUCACCUAGAACAAUACAGAUUAUGUAAUUUUAAGGUCAGAGGUUAUAUGGGGGAGACAAAGGUCGGAGGUUGUAUUUAGGACAGAAUAUGAGAAGGAGAUUGUCUUUGGUGAGCAUUGCUUUCUGGACCAAUUGGGCUUGUUCCUUACUGCGUGACGAUGAUUCCAUAAUAAUUGUGUUUUUGGAUGGCAGUAGAUAGAUUGUAGCAUUUGUUUUCUCUCAGGCCUGUGUUCUAGUAAUCUGUCAUGUGUUUAUGACCAAAUAUGAGUGCUUUCAGUAGUUUAGUAAGUCCAUUAUGUAGUUUUCAGCCCCACACUGAAUCUGUAGGAUUUUCAAAAGAUUGGAUUGCAUAUCAUUCCAAAAGCUCAAGACAUGCUGUAGUCCUUUCUUGUUUAUGUAAUAUUUUAAUAUCAUUUGAUAACUAUUUAACUACAAAAAAGUAGUAGUCCCAGGUCAAUUUACAGCAUUUUCCCAUGUCUAAAUUAAAGCAAUUCCCCUGUAAUCAGCACUGAAUGCAGAAAACGGCAGCAGAAUCUGUGUGGUCCUGCUCAUGACCCAGAUUAAACUCCUGAGAAACUGGCCCAGUGGUGAAGUUUUCAUUUAAAAGUGCUUUAUUUCCUUUGAUUUUGGUUUUCUCUGGUUUUACUGAAGCUAACAUAGCUUAUUCUGAAUAAACAGAUCCGAUUUGGAUACCAUACAGUGCCUUUUAUGUAAAUCUCUGCUAUGUUUGAUGAGCAGACAAUUAUUCCCAUCUGUUUCUGUUUCUUUUUCAUUCUUCUUUCUUUCAUCCAAGUAGAGCAACUGACAAACUUUACAUUUAAAUGGAACAAAUCAGAAUGGCUGAUUGCUGCGCAGUCCAUCCUGGUUCAUCCAGUGUUGUGUUUGAAAACUACAACUACUAAAAUAAAAUAAAAAUAAACCGAAAUUUAACUAACUGAAAUUGAAGUUUUAAUUGGAGUACUAAAUGACUAAAACUGACAUUAGAACCAUAUAUAUAUAUAUAUAUAUAUAAAACAACUAAAUUGGGGGGAAAAGCACAUAAAAUUGAAUUGAAAACUGAAAAUAUAAAAAUAAAAGCUAAAUAUUUGUAAAUAUUCAUAAUAAAUAUAAUACUAAAAUAAGACUGGGUUUGUCUGUGAUCAGCUCUACAUCUUAUGUUUAUUGUUUUUCAAACAAGAAAAAAGAUUGCAUGUUAAAUAUGUCAGUUAUGUCAGGUUGGUGUUCAGUUUUCUGUCAUAACCAUUUCAUAAAUAUUUUACAGAAAUGUAACAUUUGUAUCAUUUGAACUGACACCCUCCCAUUGCUUCGGAUGUUUAUUUCAGUGUAAAAUCAGUAGGAUUUUAAAAAUGUCUGGUUGUUUGUUUUGCUACUUGUGUUUUUCAAUUGUCAUUUUUCACCAAAUGUGUCCCAGAAGUUUUGGAUACUGUAUGUGUGUUUGUGUAAAAUGUUAUGAGCUCUGAUUCUCCUGUGAGAUAUUAAUCUUGGUCUUUUUGAUUUCCUUUUUAAUGAUCUGUCAAUACGGAUGACUUUGCCAUCUCUUAAUAUUGUGGGAGGCAUUCUGAAAGUUUUAAGAGCUUGAUGUAGAUCCAUUGUAAAACCUGCAACUAUUAAAAAUAUCCAAUUUUAAAAAUGUAACAAACUGAACAUUCAGACAAAACAAAAGUCUCCUGACCUUCAUCCAGCGCUUGACACUGAAAGAAUCGCACUCCCACAGGGCUAAAAACAUAAUGCACAAAUGACCAAGAAUUCAGUGUUAUAAGGAGACCUGUGCCCUUAUGUUAAUAAAAUGGCUUGCUAUAGAAGCUUUGUUAAUUUUUUCAUAGAAAUUGUUAUGUGAUGAUCUUUAUUGUUUCCUACAUUACGUUUGAAUAUUAUGCUCAAUAAAAAUAAAAAAGGCUAUUA